CACUCUCUCUUUGCUCUCCUUUGCCCCCCUCCCCCCCACCUCCUUCUCUCUCUUCGAUCCGUCGUCGUCCUCAUCGUAGCGUGCUGGAAAACGCACACAACCAUCCAAAACGACAGAGCUUUGCAGCAUGGAUAAGUUGUUGAUCAUAUGGCUGGCAGCAUCAGUUAUCGUGGUGACGGUGAUCCUCUGCAAGAGUCGGAAGCUGAAGAGGAGAACGAGAGCUGCUCGUCUCCCCAAAGGAGCCCUCGGCUGGCCUCUUAUCGGAGAGACGCUCGAGUUCGUGUCCUGCGCCUACUCGCCUCGCCCGGAGAGCUUCAUGGACAAGCGCCGUCUCGUGUAUGGGAAGGUGUUCAAGUCGCAUAUCUUCGGAAGUCCAACGAUCGUGUCAACCGAUGCAGAAGUCAGUCGGUUCAUCCUGCAAAGUGAUGAGAAGUCCUUCGUGCCAUGGUAUCCCAAAUCGCUCACGGAGCUGAUGGGGAAGUCCUCCAUUCUGAUGAUCAACGGGAGCCUCCAAAAACGAGUUCAUGGCCUCAUCGGCGCCUUCCUGAAGUCCGGCCACCUCAAGAGUCAAGUCACCAAAGACAUGCAGCGCUACGUGCAGGAGACCAUGAGCAAUUGGAAGGAUGGGCACCUCAUCCACCUCCAAGAUGAUGCCAAACUAAUUGUUUUCCAAAUCCUGGUGAAAGGAUUGAUUGGGUUGGAGCCAGGAGAGGAAAUGCACGUCUUAAAGCAACAAUUCCAGGAAUUUAUUGCUGGUUUGAUGUCUUUGCCAGUGAAGCUACCGGGAAGUAGACUUUAUAGAUCGCUGCAGGCAAAGAAGAAGAUGGUGAUGCUGAUCCAGAGGACCAUCCAAGAGAAGAGGAUGAGCGAACCUCGGUGCCCUCCACGGGACGUGGUGGAUGUUCUGCUGAAUGACAGCAACGAUCAGUUGCCCGACGACCUCAUAUCGGACAAUAUGAUCGAUCUGAUGAUACCAGCGGAGGACUCGGUGCCGGUUCUUCUGACGCUUGCAGCCAAGUACCUCAGCGACUGCCCUCUUGCUCUCCAGCAACUGGAGGAAGAGAACAUGCAAUUGAAGAAGAGCAAAUCUCUCCUCGGGGAGACACUGCAGUGGACCGACUACAUGUCCUUGUCCUUCACACAAGAUGUCAUAACAGAGACGCUGCGUAUGGGGAACAUAAUUAGCGGCAUCAUGCGCAAGGCCAUGAAAGAUGUGGAGAUCAAAGGGCACCUGAUCCCCAAGGGAUGGUGCGUGUUCGCCUACUUCCGAUCGGUCCACCUCGACGACGACCUCUACGAGGAGGCCUACUGCUUCAAUCCAUGGAGAUGGAAAGGCAAGGACACGAGUACUUGUGGCUUUACUCCUUUCGGUGGUGGGCGAAGGCUGUGCCCGGGGCUGGAUUUGGCCAGGCUGGAAGCUUCCAUCUUUCUGCACCAUUUGGUUACUGGCUUCACUGCUCUAACAUUUACUGCAGCACACACGUGCUGUAGUGCCACUUUAAGGCACCAUGGUUGAUGCAACCUGCACUUGGCUGCUGUGCCCACAGAUGGGUGGCUGAGGAGGACCAGAUCGUGAACUUCCCCACGGUGAGGAUGAAGAGAAGGAUGCCCAUCAUAGUGAGGAGGAAGAACUGAGAGAGGCUGGCUGGUUGCGGUCACAACACAUGUUGACACAAAAGAAACAAUUAGGGUUAGAGCAAUGUGUUGUGUGUCUCAACCACUACUACUGCUUCCUCUUGGAAGCUCACAAUGUACACAGAAAGACCCAGCAGUGAAAUUGGUUAGAGAAGGUCCUUGUGUAUUUUGUGCAUGGCAUAUCAGUCCAUGGCAGAGAGAUGGCAGUGUACAAGUGCUAUAAAUAAAAUUUUCCUUCUUUUUAGGAAAAAGGUUGAAUGAGAUAAAACAAGGUCCACAGCUCCCAAGAAAAGAAUUAAAUGUGGUGGAGAGGUUAAAAGUGAGUUACGAGUUCUGAAGUUUGACCACAGCAGCUUUGUGGCAGAGAAGACUUUGGAGUUGAGGGAGCAUGCAGGACCUGGAGAAAUUUACCAUCGAGCCUAGAAAAGCUGCUUUAGCUGCAGUGGCGGGAUCCGUCUCUGUGGCCUGUUUCUGCAGUUGCUGCCCUUUUGAGAGAGAAAAAUGCGCUGAAGUGGGGCUGAUUUCCUGCACUGAGGAUUUUGGAAAGGCAUGUUCACUGAGACAGUUUGGAUGGACAAGUAGUUCAAGUGUGCAACACAGGUAUGUUCUCAUUGUGAGUACUGUGUGUGACAAUGAAUAAUGCAAAUGUGGUGGUAUAGAGAAAAAAAUGAAUUGAAACA